ACAUUCUUCUUCUAUCCCCUUCAAACAUGGCGGAGGUCAGGCUACGUUUUGGAAGGGGAGCAUCCAACUUUGCACACAAAAUAUGUAACCGGCAACUCCUGGAAAGUGAAAAUAAACUGGGUAAAGGUGCAAUACGAGCUUCAUCUCUGUCGGCAGGCUUCCUGUUGGGUAGUGUCAACAACAGAGAUGUGUACGGAGCCGAAAAAGCAGCGGACAGGGUGACCGUUGGAGCUUCACGGGACAGUUACACAAGGGUAACACCACUGUUUGGUAAUGUCAGCGAUGCUUUUGAAAACCAAAAUGUCGCUGGAUAUUACUAUUAUUCCGGACUCAACAAAGAGGAUUCCGUUUCUAGUAAAUCACAAGUACAAAAUGUAGAAACUAUUUUCCCUCGGUACCGGACUAAUGGGAAGUUUCGGAGGGUUUUCUCCAGUUUCCGGUCCGCUCGUCGACAGCAGAGCCUCGCUUUGUGUUGGGGACAUGGGCAGUUUAUCAGAGCUUACAGCGGCAACGGGACCCGAUCUGAGCCUCUGUACAAAACCAGAACAGGCUACUAUGAAAUCCUGGAAGUGACGUCUACCGCCACCCAAGCCCAGAUAAAAACCGCCUACUACAAGCAGUCCUUCAUCUACCACCCGGACAGAAACGCCGGCAGUGAGGACGCCACUGUCCGCUUCUCUGAGAUCAGCGAGGCCUAUACCGUGCUGGGCAACAAGACGCUGAGGAAGAAAUACGACCGAGGUCUGCUGAGUCAGUCAGACCUCAUCACAACAGCCAGACCCUCCGCCAAGGACUCAGGGAGCCCCGCGAGACAGCACACCGAGAGUCGGCGGUCUGUGAUGGGCACCGACAGCCGAGGAGGCAUCUUUGAUUUCGACAAGUUCGUCAAAGCCCACUACAGCGAGCAGCUGCAGAAACAGAGAGACAUCACAGCCCGCAAAGAGGAGAUGCUGAGGAAGAAGCAGGAGAGGUUUGAGGACCGGGAGGCCGGGGGGAUGACGGAAGUGGGAGUUGCUCUGCUGCUGGCGAUGGCCUUUGGGAUACUGCUCAGCGUAAAGCGCGGGUGAAGUUAACUCACAUGGAGGUGAUGGAGGACACUUGAAUAACACUACAAAAAACAACAGUAUUCACGUGGCAGCCGUUGAAUGCCAUUUGUUUUGACCCUGUCCUCUGACCUCUCUAUGUAGGGACACACAAACAAUUAAAAAUAAUGAAUUACUGUACAGUAUGGAUGACUUAACAUCAUCCAUUGGGUCAGUGUGACAUGGUGCAAUUGUGCAAUUAAAGUGGGGUCACACUCCUCUGAAGAGCUGCAAAUCAAAGACUAAACUAAUGUACACAGGGUGUCUGCAGGUUCUUAACAAGUCUUGAAUUCAAGUUUAGGCCUUACAUUUCAUUCAGUGUGCUUGGAUUUUAAUGUAUGACGUCUCAAUUGCCACCAACAUUUUAUCCAGUUUAAUUCACCCAUCUUAAAAUGUAAUUUUGUCAACAGGAGUCAAGCUCUUCUGUGUCAAAGUCCACAUUUCUGACUUGAACUCACCUGUCGACAAAAUGUAGAUUAACCUAACUCCCCCUAAUAACCAUACUCCUGCAUAAAACCUACCUCUACACCUGACCACAUAUAUACAACUUACCUUUAUGCUUACCCGCAGUGCUUGAAUAAGAAUGAAGACAAUUAGUCAAAAAAUAGUCUUAAAUUUGGUUUAAAAUGAUUUUAAAAGGCUUUUAAAAACAUUAAAUUUAAAUGUCUGAUACCUGUAGACAUCCUGGUACAUAUGUUUCUGUUCCUCAGUCUGCAAGUCUGCACAGUACUGUAUACCUCUCAUUCUGUCUGUGAACACAGUUGUCUUUUUUUCCCCUGGCGUAAAUAUUGUCACUCAGUUUGUCAGUCACACACAAGUCAGAGGUAGAGCAGGUUUGAUCCUCGGCUCCUCCUUGAGCAAGAUACUGAACCCUAAAUUGCUCCUGAUGGCUGUUCCAUCGCUGUGUGGGUGUGUUAAAAACUGAGUAGCAGGUGGCACUUUGUGUGGUAGCCUCGGCCACCCGGGUGUGAACGUGUGUGUGACUGAGUGAAUGUGACUCUUAGUGUAAAAAGCGCUUUGAGUGGUCGAAAGAUACAGUUCAGGUACAUUUACCAUAGUACUGACAUUUUCAGUACUUUCAGUAAAUCAUCUCCUCUUUUUCUCUUAAUCCUUUAAUUUGAGGGUGCUGGUUUUUUUUCCUUUUAAAUCAAAAGAAGCCAAACUUCUCAAAUGUUAAAUCUAAACACAAGCAGGCAUACCAGUCAAAAUGAAAUGAAAAGAUUGUUAUAUAAAUCAGUAACAACAUUAUGAAUUGGACCAGGCAUUCAAAACUUUUGGUACGCCAAAAUACAGUCAUUAGUCUAGAGUAUUGAGGUCCGGCACCCAGCUCUGCCCACCUGUAAUCAAUUCCCCACUGUGCCACAAAUGUUGUCUUUAAAGGUAUACAAUGCAGGAUUUUCCGAAAAAAAUGUAUAGACUCAUACAGAAGUUAUCCCUCUCAAUCUUUUAUGAGUCACUAGAAGUGUGUAGAGGUGUAUUUAUCUGCAGAGACUCUGCCCUCUGCCUGUAUUUUCUGAUUCUCUGUGUUCGCAGGGCUCAUUGGUGUGUGCCCCCACAGCCCUCAGGUGAGGUCAGGGCUUUAUAAAAAAGUUGGACACCAGGCGCACAAAUAUAGUGAGGUGAAAUGCAAAACAAGAGUGAAUCUGUAGUUGGUGAGCGUGUUUACACACAGCGACGACAAUCCUGCAUGGCAUACCUUUAAAUGUAGUCCACAGUUCACUGGUUGAUUUACAACCUGGUAGUGUCAUGGUUCAACUUUGGCUUUUAUAAAGUCAUCUGUCUUUCAGAUUUCUUUUAUUAAAGGUAAAGCAAGUUUC